CAAGUCGCCACCUGCAUAGCUCAAGCGGAGAAGGUCGUCAGAUCAUAGAGGAGGAGGCGGAGGAGGUCAGGUGCUAGUGGCGCAGCCCGCAGCCGCAUUCACCGGCGGGGGCCUGCGCGAUCGGUAUGCUUUAGUAGUUUAGUGUGGAGACGUUUAAGUGCAAGGUCGUCAAGUACUUGGUGAGUGCGCUGAAACUCUGUUUUCCUAAAUCCCCUUUACACUUCCUUUAGAAAUCACCUCAGGGAGCAGCUGGUUAUCUCAUGCUUGUCCCUACGGAUGGCGCCUUGGGACUAGAUUUUUGCCUUUCCGGAUUUCCUACAUGUUCCAAUAACAUUCCCCUAAAUGCGGUCAUUAUGGCGAAUUGGAAUAGUGAAAAGAGUUUUAUGCUGAUAAGUUUUUUUUUUUGAAAAAAUUUAAGUUAAAAACUGGUGUCUACUGUCUAGUACAACACAUUUUGACGCAAUAAUUCAUCUGAAGAUGAUAUAAAUGCUUGCUUCUGUAUUACCUGUUACUCAUUGGUAGUGCUUUCAGAAUUAGUAACUUUUAUUUAGGAGACUGGCUCUAGCAGUGGCUCACCAUUUAGUGAGAAAUAUGUCUAUGCAAAGUGUAUGCUUUAUCAUUUUAGAUUAAUCAGUGAAAUAUUGAGUUUGGUCAAUUGCAAGAACAGAAAAUGUCAGUAAGUUGUGUUGUUUGUGUAGUUUAUUAUAUUACACGUUUGCUCUGUGCUCACAGGAAUUGAUUCCAUGCUGCCUCCUGCAGCCAUCUUCUUCUGGACCUCAAGGGAGGUUUGCAUCCAGGUAUGAUUUCUGGAGAUUUAUUAUCAAAGGACAUGGCAGAUUAAGAUAUCUUGCUGAGAUAUCACUCAGGAGAAAUGCAUAACAUUAACUUUUGUUUUUGUAGAUAAGAAACAAAUCUUCAUCAGAAUAAACGGUUCAUAUUCCUUUGUAUUGGGAUACGGUUAUGUCAAUAAUAUGUGCUUAUUGACCCUUUAUGCAUUAAAAUCUGAGAACAUAAAAUGUGCAAUAGCCUGAAUUGUUUCUGAAAUUUGGUCAUUUCCGCUACAUUGUUAUGUUCCUCUGUUUCUUUUUGUUUAGGGAAUGCAAACCACAUAUGUCAUUUAUGAACUAAGAGAUUAAUAAAUUGCAAUCACUAGAUUUGUUGAGCCAGGUCCAUUUUUAUUUCUUUUAGAGAGUAUUAGUGCCUCUUCUUACAAAAGUUGUCUCCAGCUUUUUCCUGUUUUCACUUUCCAUCUAUAUAUAUGCCAAAAUCUGGUUUGCACUUCUGGUUUGUGCUAUAUAUCAAUUGGUCUUGUAUACAAAUAGCACGCUAGCUAAUAUGUAUUGUGGUGGCACAGGGGACAUCUUCUUUUUCUGACAAAGAACCGUUAACUGCUUGUUCUUGUGCUUUGGUUUGUUCACUAUUAUCAUGGCACAACGCGGAUGGUGGGUGUGCACAAUUUCUUUUUCUUUUUUUUUUGUGGGGACGUGGGUGUGUACAAAUUGAUUAGUUGAAUUGGCGUCGCUGACUAACUUCCAAAGCCCAGACGGCUAAUGCUAAAAGGUUAAUAACUCCCCUGAAAGUUAGUUCCAUUUCAUAAGCUCUAUACAGUAUCCGCUGCUCAAUUCUAAUGUAUCUACCUAUGUGCUGCGCAAUUCCGUCUUACAUGAUCGUAGCGAUGAAAUCUUCAUCUCAAAGUAAAGGGAGUUGCAGUCAUUGAGCACAUGGGAGAUCGGUCAGUGUCAUGGCGUAUUAUAUAUUCAGGAGUAAAUAAUACAUGUAGUAUGGUGCUACUAUGGACGUUGCCAGCAGUCAAGCAGAGCUCUAUAUAGGCAAGAAUUGACAUGUUUUUAGUAGUUGCAAGCGUGUGAUCCUUUGUCUAUAUGCUUGAAGGCGUUGUGCAUGCCUUAUGCUUAAUUUGUCUUGGAAAUAAUUUUGCUCGUCGAAUAGGAAUUAAGCUUGAUUACACGCAUUCGCAUUGUCAUGCAUAAUAGAUGAUUACGACAUCAGUGUCAUCAGGAUCCAUAAAUGAGAACUGGAACCUUUCAUGUCUGUCUCCAGGGCAGCGAAAUGCACUUUUCUUUCUAAUUUUAGUUUGAAGGUGGUAUGAAAAAAUAUGACAUUCAUCUAGUUGAAGUUAGUUUUGACACCAAUUUAAAUAUGAUUUUCCAUGUUUCCGGAAGCUACUACUCCCUCCGGCCGGAAUUACUUGUCGCAGAUUUAGUACAAAAUUGUACUAAAUCUGCGACAAGUAAUUCCUUUGUACUAAAUCUGCGACAAGUAAUUCCGGCCAGAGGGAGUAUUUGUUUUUGUUGGAAGUUGAUUCCCCAGAUUUGAAAUGCCUUCAGUAUGUUCCUUUAGUUGGAAGUCAACUGCAGUAUGGAAGUUUAUUUAUAGCCGGUGCUCAUCUACUGAAGCGGAAAAGCACUUUGGUCAGUUUUCCCCCCACCCCCCUGCACAGGAUGAUAAUGGGUAAUUGUGCAAGAUUCCUUCGGUAACUUAUAUAACUCUGCAAGAUUCCUAGUUUAAUCACUUGUACAACAUACUUUGUGGUAAAUAAAGGCUAUGUCUGUAUAUGAACCAGACAGGCAUGCAAGGAGACACUGCCAUAUUUUUAGAUAGUGAGACACUAUGUCAGAGGUAGUCGUUACAUGCAGGCACACAUGGUAUCUAGAUUUCAGGACUUGCAUCUAGCUUGCAUAUCCAUAAAGAUCUUCCCUGCGCCUCAGAAUCAAGUUAAUUGUUAGUUAGCUAUGCAAUAAGACAUGUCUAUGACAACUUAAUUAAUUAGAUAUGAUAAAACGUGAAUAACAAAUACCAUGUUGAUGUGUUGUUGGAUAUGUGUACUAGUACUCCACUACAUAUAGGAGUUCUUUACAAUAUAGCUUAGGUGAGCAUUCAAUGAACAAAGUCUAACUCCUAACUGCUAGCAUAUGGCAGUUUUGCCUCAAAACUAUGCAUAACACUGCUAGCUAGCUCUGGCUAAGAACUUGUCGAGGGAUUAAAUAACAGUAGCUUUGACUAACCCGUGCAUGCAUGUUGAUCUUAAAAAUAUUAGAAAGCAAACAAGCUAGAUGCAUGCACCAGAGAUAAGUCAACCCAGGGCAAGACUUUAUGUAUGCAUACUGUUGCAGAAAAGUAAGCUUCCAUAGGAUUAGCUAGCUAGGAUGUAUAUAGUGCUUUUAAUACAUAAGAUCGAAAACUGCUGCAGCCUAGCUCCUCGAAAAAUUCAUCGACAGCAUCAAGUCACCAGGAAGUUUUUUGUGAUGACUUUCAGCUAGCUCUUUGCCAUGCUAGCUAAUGAAUUGCGGAGACUUACAAUAAAUCUCAUAUUGUUUUGGUCCAGUAUUGCAUCUGAUACUUAGUGCUAAUUAUGGACUCUUCUAGCAACCAAUGGCUCACAGAACUGGAAAACGUCGAGCUUGUUGAAAAUCUUGAUUUGGUGGACGAAAUUAGCAUGCAGCAACUCGCCGAAUCCCUUGCUGAGGAGCUCAUCCCCCGGGAUGAUCAACCACACCACAAGUCAUUGAUGCCAUCUCUGGCAGCAGGCAUCCCCUUCACCGGCGGCUUCAACAACAGCACCGAGUCCUUUCCAACGGGUGCUAACAGCGUCUUCUCCUUCAGUGACGGCUCAUCAGUAAGCUCCCUAAACUUCUCGACGCCACUAGAACCUCCAACCACCGGUGGUAGCUACUAUUGCCCGUCGCCAUCGUCGGAGAAGAGAUUAAGUGGUCGGAGAACGAGCCUGAGCAUCCAGGAACAUGUGGCCUCUGAGAGGAGGCGCCGGGAGAAGAUGCACCACCAGUUCGCGACGCUUGCCUCCAUCAUCCCCGAUAUUGCCAAGACAGACAAGGUCUCCCUCCUAGGCAGCGCGAUCCAGUACGUGCACAAACUUGAGGAGAAGCUGAAGGCCCUCAAAGAGCACCAGAGCACAGUGAGCACGGCAGAGUCAGCACCAAUGUUCGACGUCCACUGCUGCAUCGGCAACACAGGUGAUGGCAAAGAAGAUGACUGCGAGAAAGGUGAGAACUCAUCAGUCAGGCCAAAGAUAGAGGUAAACGUACGGGGUACGACGGUUCUGCUGCAGAUUGCAUGCAGGGAGAAGAAGGGGGUGCUGAUCAUGGUGCUCACGGAGCUGGAGAAGCAUGGCUUGUCAAUCAUGAACACCAGUGUUGUGCCGUUUGGUGACGACGAUUUGUCGUCUCUCAACAUCAUCAUCACUGCUGAGAUUGAGAAUGGUUCUUGCACUACGGCUGAACUUCUGAAGAACUUAAAUUUAGCUAUCAGGAAUUUCUAGGUGACAAUGGAAGUGAAGAAACAAUAUGUUGAUAUGUAUUUUUGUAUAACUGGAAGUACCAAUGCGUGAUAUAGCUAGGUUUGUAGUAGCUCAUGUUGCUUAGAAGGAGUGAUCGUUAUUUGUUUAUUUCUUUGAAUUGUAAAUAGGUGUAACUAAGUAAAUAAUCUGCACCAAUUGUGUUUUCAAUUAUUUCUAGACAAUAAUGGAUAGGAUGCAACUUGCAAACUC